ACAAAUUGGGUCCAACAGUAUGACCUCAUCCCAGACCACACAAUGUCUGUAUAAAAUGUAUGGCAUUUGUACGCGAAAUGUAAGAGUUUCUCAAAGUAGUCAAUACUAUUGCUGCCACUUAUGGGAACUGAAUGACUGCUAUCAACGCAACUUCAGGUCUUACUGUACGACUCCCGAGCAACAGGCCAUUCAAUACGACUGGAAUUACAUUCAACUAUCGUUUAGUGGGAACACCUACACCCAGUCCACGUGCACCUCCCAGGGCUACUAUCGGUCCAUGAGUAGGUCCCUCUGUAUGAAUGAUAACCAGUACCCUAAUUACCAGAAUCCCAAUAAUUAUCCAUAUAACCCGAUCCCUGGUAAUCCUAAUUAUAAUCCCAAUUAUAAUAACCCGAACAUUAAUAACCCUAAUUAUAAUAAUCCAAAUUACCCCAAUAACCCCAAUUACCAGUACCCUGUUAACCGAAACCCGUAUUAUUAUGCAAACGCUUUAUAUAUCUAUACUACCGGUGCUGCCCUACUAAUUGCCAUAACCCUUGGUGGUAAAUGUCCACAAACUCAGUACUCAGCCCUAAUCGCACCGUGCGUUUGCGGGAACGACACGUGGAUUACUUGUAGCACUAAUGAGUCCUUCAAUAUUAAGCGCACCUUUGAGUACAUCUCACAGUCUGUCCACUGGACGGACAGACACUUCGAGCGUCUCAUCAUAAACGCCAUGGAAUUACAUGAAAUACCGGAAAUGGCUUUCGGAGACAUUGUGUUCAAUGAGCUACAGGUGCUUAACGCCCGCAAACUCCAUACCAUACAUACCAACGCAUUUGGAGCCACGCGUCUACACCUGAAACGCCUGUCCAUUACCGGCGCCGACAGCCUAACCACCACUACCUACCAGUACAACCUGUUUGAGGCCUUGUCCUCCAUCAACAACAUACAGGCGCUGGAAGUUACCGGCGCUAACCUCGUGGACAUACCUGAACGGGCGUUCAAA